GAUUCAAUCUUGAGAAGAUGAUCGGUUUCUUGUUUGGUGUUUUGAUCUUGCUAGUGAUCGUUUUUCUUUAGAAGAGAUGGGAGGUUGCUGUUGUUGUUCUUCUUCACGAAGAGCUGAUGUAGAUAAUGGACCUGCGUACUACUACUACCCAAGGGCAACAGAAGAGCGUGUGCCUUUGUCUUCCGCUCAUAAUAGGACUUCCUCUGCAAUCUCUACUGGUGUUGUAGUAGUAGACACAAACUUAGAGACAUCAUCUCCUGAUGCUUAUAUACCACCGCCACUGCCUAUCCCUUUCGAUGUGGCUAUAGGGGUUCCUCAAACACCAGCCAGUGCUGAAGAGGCUACUUGUGUUGAUAUAAGAGAGGUUUCAGUGGACUCUGCUAAUACCGAGUCUGCUCAAGAAACAGUUGAUGGUAUUACUCUCGGGGUUCCAACUACAUGCUCAAAUAAAGAGACAGAUUGCAAAAUCCAAACAGAGAUUGAUCUUGAAUCUACUGAAGAAAUAGACCCGAAGCUAUCAAAAGCCGUCUUUAUACCAAUAGAGGAAGAGGAGGAUUGUCCCAUAUGUUUGGAAGAAUAUGAUAUCGAGAACCCGAAACUUGUAGCCAAAUGUGAUCACCAUUUUCACCUUGCAUGCAUUCUAGAAUGGAUGGAGAGAAGUGAAACCUGCCCCGUCUGCAACAAGGAAAUGGUAUUCGACUCUCCUCUCGACUAGCAACCCGCAAGUUCUUUUAGGAGUGUUUUAAAGCUGGGGUUUCAAUUUGGGUUUGAUUCAGUUUUUUCUUGGGUUUAAGAAAAAUGGUAAUCAAACUGAAAUUGAGUU